GCGCGCGGAGCAGCUGAGAGGGGAGCGUCAUGGCGGUGUAGAGAGGAUUACAGUCAAUGUUUACUUUCUGUUUACCGUGUUUUUUCUGCUUUCACUCCGGUUUACCGGCAACAGCGCGGAUCUUCUGCUGCAGCGGCGACAGCAGACGUGUGUGUGUUUCUUUGAGCCUCUGCUACACACACAGCGACUGAUCCAGGUUCAGGUCAGUCAGUGUGUUUACCGCCAGCAAGACUGUGAUCCUCUCAGCUGCCGUCCUGGAGUCAUGGUUGAAGAGGUGCAGCAGAGUUUGGAGGCUCGUGGGAGCUCCGGACUGCAGGAUGAACAGGUCCCGUUUGCGCUGCUGCUCGGCGAGUGUGUGGACCAUGUGGAGAAAGCACUGGAGUGUGUCCUUGCCUUAACCAGCUACCGCCUUCACAUCAAACUGCAGGAGAACAGCAUCAGUGUUCCUCUGCAGCUGAUUGAGAGUGUGGAGAGUCAUGAACCGACGCAGAUUCAGCUCACCUGUAAAGACUGUAAACUCAUCAGGUGUAACUUCCUGUCUGCGGAUCAGUGUCAGGAUUGGCUACGGAGGAUCAGUGCAGCGUCUGGACCGCCAGCUCGUCUGCAGGAACUCUUCGCCUUCAGCUUCCUGUCC